CUCCAUGCUCUAUAUGAAUACACGGAGGGAGAGAGUAACUCAUCGUCGGAGGCAGAAAUGGAGGCGGCGUCCGAGGGGGAGUCUCGAGCCAUUGCUUUCGGUGAACAGCAGGAGGCUCUCGUGGUGAGGUCAUGGAAUGCGAUGAGGAAGGUCGCAGCUGAUGUUGCACUGAAGUUCUUCUUGAGGGUCUUCGAGAUCCAACCUUCAGCCGCUCGACUCUUCUCCUUCCUGCGCGACUCCAAAGUGCCGCUCGACAAGAACCCAAAGCUCAAAUCCCAUGCCAUGUCUGUGUUCACCAUGGUGUGCGAGUCUGCGACACAGCUGAGGAAGAAAGGCAAGGUUUCGGUGAGAGAGACGACGUCGAAGAAGUUGGCGGGCACUCAUCUCAAGGCUGGCGUCGUCGAUAAACAUUUCGAGGCGGUGAGGUCUGCGUUGUUGGAUACCAUAAAGCACGCAGUUCCGGAGAUGUGGUGCCCUGAAAUGAGUGCUGCCUGGGGAGAAGCCUACGACCACUUGGCUGCAGCUUUAAAGGAAGAGAUGAGGCUUCUCACUUCUUCUUCCUAAGAAGUGGUAGCUUUGUCCAUCCUC